AUGCUCUUUCGCAGUUGCAGCCGCUUCAACCACUCGUGUUUUCCCAAUGCAGGUGGACAUUUAUCUGGAGGAGAAGGUGUGGCUUCAGUCUCCAAGUAUCGAGCUACUUUGAGCAUUUAUGCGCUGGAAGAGAUCAAGCAGGGUGAGGAGGUGUGCAUCUCAUACCUGAUUCUUGCCUUUCGCCACCAGCGCCACAAGUGGAGCUGGAAUGAAGUGGAUCAGCUGAACACCCUGCACCACCGCCGCGACCUGUUGCACCGCACCUGGGGCUUCCUCUGCCACUGCGAUCGCUGCCGCGGCGGGCGGCCGCUGGAUCGGCGCCUGGAGGCACUCGGUUCGGGGUUCAGUGAGGCAGCGGAACGGAGGAAGGCCUUGGCGGCGGUGAACGCGAAGUAUUUGAGCUUGUUUGACGCAAGUUGUGAGCAGUACGAUCCACCACGCGACUUUGAGUCAACGGUGGAGCGCUUGAACAGCUUUCGGAAGGAGUUUGCCUUUCUGGAUCCAGCGCAUACGGGACCCGAACUCACGCAGCGCCUGGGUGGUUGCAACGAGGAGCUCAUUGCCACCUUCCUGCUCGGAGGCGUGCAGAGCGAAGUGGCCCAACGCUGCGCUGAACUGGCACUGCCACUGCUGGUGGAAGAGAUGCAAGUUCAGCAUUCGUUGCUUCCCUGCCUAAGUCCUUGCAAGAUCACCCGCUAUGCAGAGUUUCUGCAGUUGUUGCGCUACGUGCCUGAAAAGGAGGGACAAUUUCACAUGAGCAAUCUGAAGGUGGAUGGUUGUGAACUUCAACAUCAACAGAGUCUCUGGCUCCAUGACCCUGUGAAGGCCCGAGCCUUGGGUCUCCAAGCAGCGCGGAACCUCCCCGCGCGCCCAUCCAUUGGCGCGCCCCUGCGCACGGGACCCCUGCCGCGGCCGGGCGCCGCCUGCGCGCCGGGCGUCCGCGGCGGCGGGAGCGGUGGUGCUGGAGCGAGGGUGGGGCGAGACAUGGAUGGAAUGCCUCCCUUGCUGGAGCCUCCCAAGACACCGCUCCACUCCGGGCACUGCGAACCCGGACGCCUCUGGGACGCCUACGCCGAGUUCGGCCGCCCCAGCCGCGCCGCGCGGAGCCUGCGUGGCGAUGGCGCUGGAGGAGCUCCAGAGGGGCGGGGGAGAGGAAGGCAGAGUGAGUCGUGGUUCAAGUUUCGAGCCAACGAGACGACCUUGGCCUCGGCGCUGCUGCAGCCGGCGGCCGUGCUCGUGGGCGACACCGACUACGCGCCGGACGCCUUUGCGGCACGGUGCCUCUUGUCCGAGGGCGUCGGCUUCCUCACCCGCGCUGCUGCCCUGAAGCCUGAGAAGGUGCCGAGCGCCAAGCGGCGGCGCUUUCGGAAGGCCUUCGCCAAGUACCAAGAGCAUAUCAAGGCAGCCGCUUCCGGCGUGGAGGCCGAGAUCUUUCAGAAAUUGGCUUUUUGGCUGGGCAUGAUGGAUGCCUGGUAUGAGCAGAUGCCUGUGUUGAUGGACCUGUCCUUGCUGAAAGACGCCGUGGCGCAGCACGUGGUGCCCUUGGCCGCCUGGGUGCUGCGCCCGCACCUGAAGCCGAUCGUGGGCCGGGUGGACCUCCGCAAGCUUUGCCUCUCGCGCAGCUCCGGCUAUCCCGCAGCUCCCGAAGCGGACGGCCCGGCGUCUCCGGCGGCACGGCCGUCCACCGGCACGGUGCCCAUGCCGGCACGGUGGCUGAAGGAGAGCUCCAGCGCCUCGGUGUGCGGGUGGGCCUUCGGCUGA